GCGGUUUGAAAAUGGCGACACAGGGGGGUGUAACGGAUUCUGGCUUGUCCCGUCCGGCGUCGUGUAUCCCGCCUGGGUGCGACGAGUACCCUACGAGCUCUCCGGUCCCCUUCUCUGAGGUGGAGAUGGUGGCCGCUGGAUGGAUGUUGGACUUCGCCUGCCGCUGUUUGUGCCGCCAUUUCUGCGAGGGCAAUCGCGAGGACUUCGAGAGGAGCCGCGACCUGACAUUGGGUGCGAGAGUCCCCAUUCUCGCGCUAUUAUCAAAGGAUUACCUAGAACAGAAGCUCGACAAGUAAAAACAAUAUGCAUUUGCCAGCUAUUGGUGGGUGUAGCAGAAGGAAAAUCACUUGAUUAUCGUUUUGGGAGUGAUCAAACAAUUUCACCUCUGGAAAAUGCUCUGGCAGCUUGGACUUCACUUCAGAAAAUGCAAAGUAAACAAGAUAAACUACAUGAAGACAUCAAAUGCUUAAUUCAGACUCAGGCUGUAGCAGUGUACAUGGGAAAGGGGUAUUUUAAAGAAGCAGCAGAAGUCCUAGAAAGGCUGUUUCCAGAAUCUGUUUCAAACGAGCCUUUAAGAAUGAAGCUGGCUGAAAUAAUAAAGCGAAAGGAUCCAUAUCACCAAUUUCUCCAGUAUUUUAGUUUCAAUCUUAUGACUGAGAAAAUCAAAUCUUACGUUACUGUGUUCUUGAAUGAAGAGUCUAACAAUUUCCUUAUUAAGACCUGCCCUUCCCUCUCCCAUGUUGUUCCUGAAUGUUUUCUGUCCCUUGGGAUCAGUGUUUUGGAAGCUACAAAAGAGGCAGAAACUAAAAUAUCAGAAAAAACAGUCACAGAAGUUCAAUGUGAGAGUGAAAACGAAGCAAAUGGGGAAAAACUCCCAGAAAGCAUGCAGAGAUCACAUAAACUAUCUUAUUCCUUAACUGGCCAAGAAUUUUGGAAUCUGGAACAGAUACAGCGUCCCCGUAGAACAAUAAUUAAAAAACGGAAAACUUUCCAAAGUAAGAAAAUCUUGCAGAAUAUUGAAAACAUUCUGAAAGGUGAUAGGUGUCAGCCUUCUGAUCAGAAGAGGCAGCACUGGAGGUUUGAAGAAGACCAGAAACUGAAGGAUGGUGUACGAAAAUUUGGAGUAGGAAACUGGACACAGAUUCUUCAGCAUUAUGACUUCAACAAUCGAACUAAUGUCAUGCUGAAAGACAGGUGGAGGACUAUGGUUCGGUUAAGCAUUGUUUAGCUGUCUUUCCAACUUAACUGUCAAGUCACUGUAAAAUAAUGUAUUUUAACGUAUAUUUUCACUGCUAAAAAUGUUUUUUCAAUUAUUUUAGUACAUUCUCUCUCUAUAUGAACCUUGGCUCUUGUAAAUAUUUUUAGUGACUGUAAAGUAAUAAUUCUGAUCCCUAGUGAAUCUGCUUGAGGCAUGCAGCAUCAACAAGACUAGUCAUAAAUAUUUUCACUCUAGUACCUAGGAGAAUCUACUGCAUAAAUAUUUUACUAAACUGUAUAAUAUAGAAAAUCCAAACACAUUUAUGCUAGUACAUGUGCUGCUGCACUCAAGUGAGAUUGUUGGAGAAAAGGUUUAGAAUCACAUUAGGGGCCUUUUAUGAUGCUGUCUGUGAAAAAAGUACAGCAUUGGAUCAUUUGACAUGGAUAGCUUAUUACAGCAAAAUUACUCUUCUCACCUGAGUUUUUCAGCUAUUCUUCACUGCAGGAUCAUCCAUGCAAUGUACAAAAGGGUUGUUAGCAAAUGUUGUCUAUUGCUAAUGUAACAUCUUGUCUGACUGCAAUUAGUCUUUACAGGCCAGGUACAUAUCUGAAAAGAAGCAUAGCAAUUGCAUGUGCUGAUAACUUCGCUCAGUUGACAUCUAUAAGUGUACUGCCAUUAAUAUGCAAGCUGAGAAUCCAAAGCUGUCAUGAAUAGCCAGGUUAACUCUUUUUCCUUCUCUAAAUGAGGCAUAGAAUCUCAGACAGACAGCUUCAGAGAGCCAGUAAGAGUUGUGAAAGAUUGAGUCAAAGGAGAUUGUGGCUACUUGGUUGGUGGUGGGGGGGGGGGUAUUUAUCUUGGACUGGAAGUAGUCUCUAGUAUUCAAAAACUACCCAUAUUUAUUCCUAUAAAUCUGGCUUACUGUUGGGAAUUUCUAGUACUUACAAACCUUUAAAUUGUCUAAGAAUGGGUUUUCUUCUGUGUAAGAUACCCUAAUUUAUUCCUUGAUAAGUAGAACAUACAAAUGAGUUUCUGGAAAGGUUAUUUUGUAUUUGUCCAAGUAAUUUUAAAGGCUUCAUUGCAGGUUUAAAUGUUCGAGGAAACAAGUCUAGAUGUACAGAGUCAGAGCAUUUCAUACAGCUUGUACUAGAAAAGCAGCUUUGAGACUCCUACUGUGGUAAGUUUCAGAAGAAUACAUUACAAAAACUAUAGUAUUUCCUAAGCUACUUGUGUCUGAUCCUGCAGUAGUUUGCAAAGGCUUUAAUGACCAGAUGCCACAUAGUGACUACUUACUCCUGCUGCUGUGCAACUUACUCCUGCUGCAUAUAGAUGACUAGCUUCUACCCCUCCUGUACACUGACCACAGUGAAGCUACAUCCCUGUCAUUAAAUCAGGUAAAGGAGAUAGGCCUCUAUCAAGGGCCAUAUGAUUCAACUGCAGCAGUGUGUUUACUGUGGGACUCACUUGUCCAUUUAAGUGAGACGUCUGCAAGUAUUGCUGCCAGAGGACUAUGCAAAACUAGAAAAUGCCACUGUAGAAAAAUAACUAAUUGUAUCAUGGUACAGCUGAAUGCAGAAAAGAACACUGAAGACGCAUUUUAACAUCCUGACUUGCUGUUUUUCAAAAGCAGUGCUGAACAGUUACACAAGCGCAACAACAACGUAAUUUCCAGAUCAGUUCAGUUAAACGUAGUAAAAGAUAAAUUGAAACUCAUGUAAAAAUAAAACUAUGUACAACAGGACAUGAACAUUCUUCUACUUGCUGAACUUUUUUCCAUGUUCCAUGGCAUAAAGGAUUGCCAACUGCUUGCCACUGGUAAACUUUAUUCCUGAAAAGGAGCAGAAGUUAUGAUUGCUUGGCGUAUUUUCAUACCAUUGUAUAUUUUGAAAUGUAAAAGAACCACUUUGGCAUUGAAUCAUGUUAUAUGUAACAUUUUCAGAAAAUUACUUACUUGCAAAAUGUCUGCUCCAGUUGCUGGUGUUGUAAGUACUUAAUUAAAAACAUGCUGAAUUUGCUACAUUCUCUUAAAGUUGCCAUAACACAUUGCAUUUUAAAUCUCUUCCAAGAAGGUGCUGGAUUUUUGCCACAAGGCUCUAUGAGUAAUUCUGUAUUUGUUGCCCUUCCACCUUAUGGAACUGAAGAAAGCUUACAAUAUAAGUAAAAUAAUAAAAAGCAAACUUUAAAAUCUCAA